AUGGACGAACAAGAGGAUGACAGACUCAGACAAUUGACAACGCUCACUCCUCGUCGGUUUCAUAUAUCAGCAAAUCCGCCUUUUGGAAUAGGCUUUCUGAUUUUUGGUCAUGAGAACGAGGACUAUCACGAGGAUAAUCUUGAGGAAUUCUUCAAUAUGAGUGAUCAGAUUCGAAAUUGCAAGCCAGGGAUUUGGACGUCUAUGACGAGAGAGCUUUCAGAUGCAGAGCCUGACCAACCAGACCGGGAGUGUAUCCUCCGCUGGGUGUGCGAAGGAUCAAUUGAUCUUGCACAAUCUGUUGAUGACUGGAAAGCGUACGAAGAAGCAACUCGCCAAGGUGAUGCUGCUGUAACAAUCUCCAAGAUUGUACCUCCAGGCACGAAAUGGCGACGCCACGGAAGUUACUUUGAUGAUGGAGGUAUUUGCACCAUCGUUUCCACCGAAUACCUGACGCAUAAAGCGGCCAGAGCUAUCAUGUUCGGUGAUGGUGACAGUGACGAGGAGCUGGACUUUGGGUACUAUUUGGAGACCUUGUCCUUGAAUGGCGCUGAUAUUGGAGUUGGGGAUCAAGAAGGGCUCACAAUCGGAGGGAUGAAUUUCUUUCAGGACGAAGUUGGAAGUCCGCCUAGAAUUGCUGUGGCCGAGGAGAAUGGACAAGUCAUCGCUGUGCGAUUCUUCUUGGGUGGUGAAGAUUGGUCUUCUGAAGGCACAGAAGAAGGAUUGGAAUCCAUUGAGGGCGAUGAGGAAGGCAUGGAAUAAGCAGCGUGCAGAUGAAGUAGACAGCGAGCAAUGCUUGAAACGCGUGCUUGAAAUAGUGACAAAACAGUCUGGUGACCCUAGGUCGUCAAAGAAGUUUUUCCGGUGCUUGAUAUUCAACAU